UGUUGCUGCACGACCAAAUAAAACGCUCUUUCGUGUCUCAAUCAUAGUGUUUACACGAUGGAAGAAGAUGAUUGUGAUAACGAAUUCGAAGGCCACUUAAGAGGAGCCUGACAAGCAUCAGUCUGCCUGACUUUUCUGGGGAAUACUAAGGAUUCUCACUCACAGUAGCAACUCUAACAGAAGGAGAUGGACGCGUUGAAGCUAGGAGCGAACAAUACGACGCUAGGAAGUACGCCUCAAGAAUACCAGCAGUGUUUCUUUCUCCCAGAACCGGAGUUCAACUUGGUUUGGAGCGAACGCUAUACCACGAAUCUAAUAACCGCCUUGAUUAACUUUGCUCUCAUACCGUUCGCCAUCACUGCGAACCUAUUUGUCAUAUUAGCAAUCACCAAGAAUAACUCUCUUCACACUCCAUCUCUUAUGCUGCUAUCGUGUCUGGCCUUUUCAGAUUUUCUAAUAGGACUAAUUGUACAGCCCCUGUAUGGAACAUUUAGGCUGAUGGAAAAUACCCACCUUUAUGUUCCUUGUGCGUUUAGAGUGGUGUAUUCGGAGAGCUUUUGGGUUUGCUAUGGAGUGUCGUUUGUGACCUUGAGUGCACUGAGCUGUGAAAGGUAUUUGGGUCUCCGUCUUCAUCUACGCUACGGUGAGCUCGUUACAACUAAGGGUGUCCUUCAAGUGGUUAUUGCCAUCUGGAUUGGCGAUGUUCUUUUAACGAGUUUGCAAUGGGUUGGAGACGGCUCGUUUGUUCGUAACUUGCAGAUAGCCAUCUUCAUCUUGUGCUUGCUUGUCACAUGCUUCGCUCACUUCAAGAUUUUUCGAAUCAUUCGUCGCCACCAAAGACAGAUCAUCGAACAGAAUUCAGCGAAUCAAGACUCUAAUGCUAGUCAUUCAAACAGCUACCUUGCACAGAAAAAACUAGCCAAAAAUAUCACCUACAUAGUUGGAUUCUACUUGGUAUUCAAUAUGCCUGUGCUGAUCGUACAAAUGCACCAAUUUGCGGGCGGAACAAUAUCUUCUUUAAACGUUUUUAGCUGGGUAGAAACGAUAGCUUUUGCUAAGUCGUCUGUAAAUCCUGUUAUCUGUGGAUGGCGGAACAAGGAAAUUCGCCAAGGCAUGGCCAAAAUCUUACGAAAGUGUCUGUACUUAGAAGCACGCACAUCAAAUCAUGAGGAUAUAACUGAACAAAGGAGUCAAAGAGAUUCCCAUGUUUGAUUGCCAUUUUUAUUCCUCUUCAAAUUUAUUCUUAUUUUGGUUUGGCUGUUUUAAGUUUUUCCGUAAAUCGUUCUAUUUGGAGCAAUUAAACUUGAGUGUCAUCUACGUAUGCCUUGAAAUGAUCUUGAGGUCUUCGGCAUUUCUUUCGCUUUAGGAUAUCUUUAGCGUGAGUAAAUGAAGAAUGGGACGC